GGAGGGAGAGAGUGUGUGAGAGAAAGCGAGAAAGAAAGAGUGAGAUAAGGAAAGAGGGAGCGAGUGCCGGACGUUCGAUUAGCGGUGGUGAGCGCCGCGACUCGCGUCGGGACGCGACCGGACGAGGAAUCGAUCCGAUCGCGGCAUUCCGCAUAAACUCGACUGCAUACACACCACGUGCCUUUACCAUCGUUGUAUCCGUUGGGCGCGCCUGUCAUAUUUUCGGGAUCGCGCGUCGCCUUCUUCCCUUCGCACACGGCCAUCGACUCGAAAUCGAGCGAAAUCGAGCCGUCCCUUCUCGUCGAAGAUUCCCUUGUUCGAACACGAGCGAUUGAACGACUAACGUCGUGGAGAUGUCCGAGCCAUGCGCCUCUCCGAAAUUACCGCAUUCCACGACCUCGGUCGCCGCGAAGCCUGACCCCGAUCCCACGAGGUCGAACGAAGUUGGCGAAUAUUACGUAGGAGUGCCUGUGGUCAGAAACGACAACUCCCGGAGGAUCGAAGCCUCGAGGCUGUUGACCCGCAUCGCGACGCCACCGCGUUGGUGUUACCCGAUCGUAUCAGGGCGCACGGUCACAAAUUAAAACGUGCGAGAUAAAUCGGCGCGCGUCCUGUCCUGGUUUCACGCGGUGACGAACGGCGAUCGAAGCGAUAUGAGACGUUGCCGACGAGAGAGGACGACAAAUCGCUUCGAAGACGGACGCUGCUGGCGAGUGACCGACGCAUUGUCGUCGUAGCUUCUUCUAAAUCGACCAAGAUUGCGCGGGAGAUUCGCGAGAAACUGCCCGAUCGCCAGCCAUCCCGAUCCUGAACACCAUUGGUCGAUCUGUAACAUCUAUUCGCUAUAAAUAUGCGUUUCCUCACACACGCACAUCGAAAGUGACAACACGUGCACGUGCGAUACAUCGUAUGCCGGCUGUUCGACCGCAAGUGGGACCGACCUUCCCCGCGUCCUUGGCUCGACGGCUAGGCAGUCGAGGAAUCGUCGUGACGCCCCGCGCCGACGAUCUUAGACGUAUAUCUAGAUAGACGAGAACUCCGGGUCCAAACGUACGUCGUCGAAUAGGAGACGACAUCCAAGUCACUUCACAAGUACAGCGAAAACGCAACCGUGCUCUCUGACAGUCCAUUCGGGACACCGAUAUUGCUGAUGCUUUGACCGUAUAGGUCUCUUUAAUUGGAACCCUGGGGCUAUAUAUAAGAUAGAAGAAAAGGGGAUCGCGAUACACCGCGAGAACGAACGAGACUAAAAACAACGACUGCAUCCUGGUAUUCCUGUAACGCGUGAGAUAGACACGGAAUAGAAGCAUCUGGACGAAGAUUCUUUCUUCUCGUUUAGCUUUGCUAAACUCUUUCAUAUCUAUUAAGAAGCGGACGAAGGAAGUAAAACGGAGAUACAUCGCUGAUCCGCGUGUUGUUCGAUCGCAGCAACGAAUCUUUCCUCCUCUUCGUGAGAAAAAGUCGCAUUACGUUACUCUACGUUAUUCUGUCUUAAUACGGCUAAUCGCUAUGCUCAACUCGUGCUGUGCUUUUUUCUACCGUGCUCGUGCAUUCUACGUCGCGAGUGUUUUCCUAGUGCUUUAGUGUUACUUCGCGAUAUAUUAAUUGAGAGGGAUCGGGCCCGGUGCGCCCCAUCACACGCUUCAACGCGGAAGUCUCGGCUGCCCAGGUAUCUGGGAAUCCUGUUCCUGAGAUGCCUGUUAGACGGGGUCACGUGGCGCCCAGAACUACGAUCAUCGAAACAAUCAUCAGGAAGUUUGAUACGCACGAUCGAAGCUUUUUAGUAGCGAAUGCUCAGCAAGGACUAUGCCACAUUAUCUAUUGCUCGGACGGAUUCUGUCGGCUGACGGGCUUCUCAAGGGCCGAGGUGAUGCAGCGACCAGCAGUCUGCGACUUCCUCCAUGGACCAAUGACAUCACCGCACGCGGUUGCAGCCCUACGAGACGCCCUUGCUGCUGGCGUCGAAAAGCACUUCGAGAUUCUUUACUACAGAAAGGACGGAACCAAGUUCCUUUGCAGCGAGGUGAUAGCGCUAAUAAAGAGCGAAGUGGACGACAUUUGCCUGCAAAUCAUAAACUUCGAGGAUCUGAGCUCACAGCCGCCACCGCAGGCCACGAUCCCACCGCCGAGUCAGGCCAACAACAGACUCGCAACACGCUUCGACAGGGCAAGGGCGUCUUUCCGGGCUGGCCUGUCAAGGACCGGUGUUGUUGGUCCACCGAGGGUCCGGAAUCGACCGCGCACGACGUCUAAUUUGCCUCAUCGACUUGCUGACGGGACCAUCCUCGACGAGGACGCUUCUGAGAACUGCCCGUUAACAUGUGGCUCGCCCACAAUGAUGGAAUCUUGGGGUCCUGGGAGGACCGGCACACCCCCGCCGGGACUACCACCGCCGCCAUCGGGCGGCAGCAACAACAAUGGUGGCGCAACAACGUCGGCGAUAAUCCCGAGCAUCAUACCGCAGCCCACUGCUCCCAUUGCGAGUCCCGAAGGAGUGAGCGACGUUUCGCAAAAAUCAGGAAUCUGGGAGGGUGCGAACUCGUCUUCAGGGGGUGUCGCAGAGGGUCCUUCACGGAGUGUCUCUCACGCGGCGAGUCUGGAUGCUAUCUCGAAGCGAGCCGUGAAACCGGAAACGGCGAGAGCACCAGCUAGAUGCAUAACCGUAACGAUAUUAGCGGGCCGAGGGAGCGAACACAUCACCCUCGAGCGACGACCAGCGACAGUCGAUAAUCUGGCCGAAGCAGCGAAACAUUCAAAAAUCUUUCCUGGCGUCGCUUCCGAAAGCGAUCUGCAAAAAUGGCGGACGUCCAGGGAUAGAAAGUCGCCGUCUCUGAGUCAGAUGGGACCGGAUUCCAUCAAACACAAAUUUUCCUUACAAGACAAUGGAUCUGCAAAAUAUUUUCAAGGAGCGAUGCACACACCAAAUAUGGGAGAAAAAGUUGCUCAAGUGCUGUCCCUCGGAGCAGACAUUCUCCCGGCGUACAAAUUACAGUCCCCCAGAAUCCAUAAGUGGACCAUAUUACACUACUCGCCGUUCAAGGCAGUCUGGGAUUGGAUUAUAUUACUACUCGUGAUGUACACCGCCAUAUUUACGCCGUAUGUCGCCGCCUUUGUUCUAUCGGAUCCGGAUUACAACAGCAGAAAGAACAAGAAGUACAGUGAUGACCCCAUCGUUAUUAUAGACUUCAUAGUUGAUGUCACAUUCAUCGUGGACAUCAUCAUAAAUUUUCGCACGACGUUCGUCAACAGCAACGAUGAGGUGGUCUCCCACCCUGGUAAAAUUGCCGUCCAUUACCUGAAGGGUUGGUUCAUCAUCGACUUGGUAGCUGCCAUUCCCUUCGACCUCCUACUCGUCGGCUCGGACACUGACGAGCUCGGCUUGGACAAGGACGAGACGACGACCUUGAUCGGACUUUUGAAGACGGCUCGUCUGCUGCGCCUUGUCAGAGUGGCCAGGAAGAUCGACAGAUACAGCGAAUAUGGCGCUGCCGUUUUGUUACUUUUAAUGGCCACUUUUGCCCUUAUUGCUCAUUGGAUGGCGUGUAUAUGGUACGCCAUAGGAAACGCCGAGAGACCGACCCUGAAGAGCAAGGUUGGUUGGCUCGACAUUCUAGCCAACGAUACUCAUCAGUUUUACUUUCACAAUAAUACCGGCGGGCCGAGCAUAAAAAGUCGUUAUAUCACGGCGCUUUAUUUCACCUUCAGCAGUCUCACGUCCGUAGGCUUCGGGAAUGUAGCACCGAAUACCGACGCCGAAAAAAUCUUUACAAUAAUCGUCAUGUUGAUCGGAUCUCUGAUGUAUGCUAGUAUCUUCGGUAACGUAUCGGCGAUCAUCCAGAGGCUAUACAGCGGUACCGCCCGGUAUCACACACAGAUGCUCAGGGUCAGAGAAUUCAUAAGGUUCCACCAGAUCCCGAACCCGCUCCGCCAACGAUUGGAGGAGUACUUUCAACACGCGUGGACCUAUACGAAUGGAAUUGAUAUGAACAGUGUUCUGAAAGGAUUUCCCGAGUGCCUUCAGGCCGACAUUUGUCUUCAUCUCAAUAGAAAUCUUUUAAGCAAUUGCCGAGCCUUCGAGGGGGCCAGUCAAGGCUGUUUAAGGGCAUUAUCCUUAAAAUUUAAGACGACACACGCGCCUCCUGGUGACACUUUAGUUCAUCGAGGGGAUGUGCUGACUUCCCUGUAUUUUAUAUCCCGCGGCAGCAUCGAGAUUCUCAAGGAGGACGUCGUGAUGGCCAUUUUAGGCAAGGAUGAUAUUUUUGGCGAGAAUCCGUGCAUUUACCCGACGGUCGGAAAGUCGUCUUGUAACGUUCGCGCCCUUACAUAUUGCGACCUUCACAAGAUCCAUCGGGAUGAUCUGCUCGACGUCUUAGCUCUUUAUCCGGAAUUCUCCAACCAUUUCAGCCAGAAUCUUGAGAUUACUUUUAUCAUGCGAGACGAAGAACAGGCUGGUGUCGACCCACUAUCAACAAGAUAUCCUGUAAGUACUCCGACUGACGUCGACAUCGACGCCAGGAGGUUCGCUUUCCGUCCACCAAGAUACCGUCGAGGACCCGGUGGUCCUGGCACAAAUCUUAUUCCCACAUGUCGACAAGACUCCUUGCAGGACGACCAGGAUGAUUAUGAUAAAGGUAGCGGUCAUGGUAUCUUAGAAUUUAGCACGGACAAGGCGGGUCAAGACGUGACACCAUUGAAUUUAGAAUUCGACGAGCCCAAACAGAGAAGCUCGACCUUAAACUCGAUAACUGGCAUGCUAACCCAUCUCAAGCGCAGUAUACCGGAUCUACGCCAGCACAAGAUUCAUCUGCAGCCGCUUACCAGUCACGAUUACCUUGCGAAACAAAUGACCACGCCACCGACGAAACCAACGCGCCGGAGUUCCGCCGCCGGCGAGAGUUGCCUCAAUCAAAACGUCGUUCAUCCCACUUCGACAACGUCAAGCCACUACACCACACCAUCGCCCCCGCAGCAUCCUCAUUCUCAUGGCGACUUUCAAAGUGGCCCGGGUCGGCCCGUGGAGGAGCUCAAUGCCAGGAUCGACCAAUUGUCGCGGCAGGUGUCUUCGUUGGAACACUCAAUGGCCGGCGACAUCAGAUUGAUCUUGAGUUUGCUCCAGCAAACUCUCAACUCGUCGAGAGAGAGCUCUAGCAUCGAAAUGAUGCCGGGAACUGCGCCAACUGGUGCGAGGCAGAGCAACCGUGCACCCGCGUUGGUUCAAAGAUCGGCAAGCGAACCGCAGCCACCGACGAUCCCGGCGAGCAACGGAAGUGGGAAGAUUCAACCUAGCACGUCGCAUGGCUUGUUCAGAGCUCCCUUGAGAGAUCCGACCUCCACAUCGUCGGGAACAUCGCGGCUGACCGUUACAUCGGACACAUCCGCGCUCGCGACGGCGUUACAAACGGCACUGAAUGGUCGGCCCGGGCCCACGAGGUCGCACAGCCAACCGGUUGACCUGGCGGUACCGACUAGCACACAGCAACAGGCCCACCAGGCCCACGCCUGGCACAGCCAACCUGCUGCUUUCAGGAGGGGCGAAUACCGGAGUGGCGUGCCUUGCGGUAGAUACAGCUCUUUCAAUAAGCGAUCGGAGCCAGAGGGUGAAGAUUCCUGGAGCUGUGUGGUACCGGAGGACCGGAGCAGCGCCCAACGUCCACGCAGCGGAGACUCGCGCAAGGACUCGUCGAAUCAUCGUGGCGGCACGGAGUCCACAUCGGGGCAACAGGGUCGAUCCGAGAGCAGACAUGAGAAUAGUAGUAGGGGACAGACGAGCGGGUCCCGACAACAAGACUCUUCGAGACAGACUAGCGAAGAUAUGUCGUGGGAGUUUACGAUAAACGAGGCGCCGAUCGCAAGGCUCGAAUCGCUAGACGAGCUUGAUCAAGACCAUGGUAGUUAAGAGAAAACGCGCGCGGGGGAGAUCGUUCUGUUAGCUAGGAGUAAAGACAUAGAGAAUGGACUGUGCGAUCUGUAUUUAAGUAGUAUUCAAAUGUGGUUGACAAUAAUGAAAGAGAGGGAUCGUGGAAGAUGGCCAAUCUCCCUUUCAUUCUCCCUCUCAUUACACCAUUGAAUAGAAAGAGAUAGAGAUGGUCGUCUUCCACGA